ACAAAAAAACCCACAUCACACCAAAACACCUCUCUAAAAUAUAUCUAUUUUUCUUCCUCACCAUCUCCAUCUCCAUCUUCAUCUUCAUCUUCAACCAUGGCCACUGGUCUGGACUUCUGUCAAGACCUCCCAAAUCCGAGAUUCCUCACCAUCAAAAUCUCAACCCCAAAAGCCCAACAACCAUUAUCUCUCCAUGACCAUGAUGCUCUCGAUGAGGUCGCUCACGGCUGCCGCACGCCAACAUCCAAAGAGCACAAAAUUCCCACGGUUGUUACAUGCCCGCCUGCACCUCGAAAGCCGGCCAGACGGGCGGCUUCCUCAUGCAAGAGGAAGCUGCAAUUCUUCGAGACGGCGAACCAGGAUGAGGUCGAGGACUUUUUCAGAUCGAGCUUUUUGAGUAAUUCUCGUGCCAAGAGGAGCUGCCCCUGUACAUAAACAAAGCUUCCACCGGUGCCAAUUCAAUUGAACGGGAACGGAACGGAGUAUUAAUUACUACACCGUUUUUCUUCUUCUUCUUCUUUCAUAGUUUUUGGUUUCUGGGUUUAUAUAUAUAUGGGAUUUGUAUGGUCCAAAACGUGAAAAUUACGUUGAUAUAAUUUGUAUUACACGGUGGCUGAUAAAUUUAUGCCGGUCGGUUGGGGAAGAAGAGAGAAUUUCCAGGUUAUAUAUUCAGAGAAUUGGAUCUGAAUUAUAUAAAUUUGUAUGCCCUUCAUCAAUGUUCAUGAGAGCAUGAAUUACAUUCCUCCAUAACCAAUUGGUUUGUUUUGUUUGUACAUGUUCUUUCUUCA